CCGAGCGAGGAGGAGUCCCGGAACACGAGGACGUGCCAGAGUUUUAUCCAGGAACUGGGGAGAGGAUGGAGGACAGGCGGAGGCGAGCAGGCAAGGGGCCUACAACAGAGGGGUCUUCCAAGAGGAAGGAAGCAGGAACUGAUCCGGCUGCCACCCCAGCAGGAAAGAGGCUUCGCCCGCAGAAGGUGACUGAGGUCUACGGUGGCGAGUGGGUUGCUCGCCACAAGAAGGUCUUCCUUCGCUGGCUCUAUUCCAGCGGGGUCUCCUUCAAUGCCUUCCGCAACCAGGCUUGGAAGGCAUAUCAACAGGUGCUUCUUGAGCAGCCUGGCAGUUGCCCGCACGUUGUGCUCCCCAACCACAAUGAGAUUGCAAGACUCGAGGUGGAGCCUGUGUGCACGGGCACGCGCAGGGGGAUGAAGGAGGAGGAGAUUGCCCGUCAGGUUGCGCUUAUUACCCGGAAUCCCAUCGGGGCCUCCGCACCACCCUCUGCUGAUGACGUUUUCGGUAGACGUGCUUGCAUUUUUCGUCGCUACCCCAGGGAGGACGACUCGGACGAGGAGCCGGUACCCGAGGCGGCAGGUGACCCUGCGCUCUGCAUUCCCCGUGAGAUCGACGAGACGCACGACGAUCCCGACGACGAGGAGACGAGGGCACGCAUUGCACGACGGGUGUCGGGCGGUGGACCGGGUGGACAGGGAGAUGCUGGGGGGAGAGGAGAAGUUUUGGGGCCCAUUCGGGGAGGUCGCUUCCAUGGGCGGCACAGAGGCGCGGGAGGAGGGGGCACCGUCGGCAGCAGCAGUGGAAGGGGGAUGGCACCAGCGGCGGUGGCGGACGCGACGGUCGCAGCCGCGGUGGACGAGAUAGCAGCAGCAGCAGCAGUGCUGGAGGAGAUGUUAGCAUCACUGUUGGAGGAGGAAGCACCAGCGGUAGGAGGAGCAGCAAUAGUGGAGGGGCAAGUGGCAACACCAGGAGGAGCAGUUGGAGGAGCGGCCGCAGUGGAGGUGGAGGGGGCAGCAGUGGAGGAGGAGGACGCACCGUCAGCAGCUGCAGUGGAGGGGGGGGUGGCAGGACCAGUGGAGGAGGAGAUAGCCGCACAGGCGGAGGUGCCACGUGGGGGCGAUGACGAGCGCCUCAUGCAGCAGUUCCUCACGGAGGAGCUCGAUCCGGUCAUAGCGGGUAUGACCCCAGGUGUGGCGAGGGGGUUUGGGAUUUCAGAUUCGGAGAUGGGGACCCACUUAGACUUUGAUUUGUCGAUGAGUCUUCCACCUAGUUGCGACGGGGCGACAUCGACGGAUCGGGCUCCAUCGAGGGACGAGGCGGCAGGACAGACUUUGACGCAGACCCCGAGAGAGAGGACGACGACUGAGUCUCCAGAUGCAGCACGCAACAUUAUGGGGCGUGAGAGGGCUCGACUUCUGACAUCGAGUAACCUGCGUGCUCAGACGUUCGCAUGGGCCUCGGAGGAGGCCAGGCUUCGAGAGACAGGGGGGGAUGGUGUGCAGGACUCCACGCAACGCAAGCGUGGAGUGCCUCCUUGUCCACGCCCCGUGCCUGCAGAGGGAGGCGCUGCACUUGGAGAGAGUUCGGGGGCGGAGGGGUUGGGGAUGCCUCGUGAAUCCCGGCGUGAGCAAACGGUUGCAGAGGCUAGUGCGAGGGUUGUUGUGUUGAGGAAGAGAGGAGACCCUGUCACCAGAGAGGAGGGUGAUCCUAAUACGGAUGCGGCAGUGUGGGAAGAGGAUGAGGACUAUGAGGGCGAGGAGGAGGGAGAGGAGGAGAGCAAGAGCGGUUCCGAUGGUGACGACGACGACGACUACGAUGAGCCCCCACCUCCCCCGAGACCCCCACCGACGUGUGCAUCUACACGCUUCGCUGCGCGGACUUCUUCAUCCGCACGAGGGAGGAAGAGGUCGACAUCCGACACUCGAGGGGGUACGAGGAGACAGAGCGGGAAGGGGAAGAAGGGUCGUUGACUGAUGAGGCCAACACUCCGCUUCUCCCCUACUCGCACUGUACUUCGUCAUGUUAUGCUGUCCUAAUUUUUUUUGUCGUCUCGUCUUGUCUUAGUAUUGUUAGACACUGAGUGGUAGUGUGCGUGCUUUACUUGUUGGUGUGUAUGAUUUUGGUAGCAGUAGGGUGUUCGUAGAGUAUGAUUUUGGUACCAGUAAGGGUGUUCGUAGAGUACCGUCGGUUGCAGCAGACUGAGUACAAUAUCUCGGCAGCUACGACACG